AUGUGUAUAUGGGUGGACUUUGAGAGCGACGACCAGCAGUCUGGAUUUGUAGAAGCGAGGACCCGUGAUCACAAGACCAGCAAUACAGUCAAGACGAAGAGGCGUGCGAUGCCUCUGGUGGCCCCGUUUCCCGGGGUCACUGAUGCCAACUGGGUGAAAGCCUGGUGGAAUGCCGGGCUUCGUCUCGGUGUGCAGUGGGAUGCAGAGCCCUUUGGGCCUCUGGUCCGUGCCCCAGAUGCCGAGGGCCAGCUGUGCAAGAGACGGUGCACUUCAAGCGAAGCCGGUGUGAUGUUGUGCAAUGCCUUGGACCUGGAUGGAGACCAGAGGCGUACGUCGCAUGUCUUGAAGGGUACGACUCUAGCUUGGGUUGGCAAGCGCGGCUUCGGAGAGCGGGAUAGCCUUCUUCUUGGUCACCAUGCUCAGGGCUCAGGCUCGUUGGCAUGCUACAGUCGGGAAUUGUUGAGCGCGCCCCUUCGCGCAUACAGGGCUAUGCUUGCCGAAAUCAGGACAAACGUCUUCAGGCCAGAUAGUACCCGCAGUGCGAGCGUGCAGGCGGUCACUGCCUUGAAAGAAUCAGGGAUCACGACCUUAGGGAAACUUAGCUAUGCUGUGACGCUUCCGGGGAAUCAACCUUCGAGUGAUGACAUGGAUGCUUUCAUCUUGACCCUCCGGCCGGGAGCCAGAAUCACCUUAGGGGACAGCUCCGCUUUGAAGCAGCUCAUCUUUGAAUCUCAGACCAUGACUGUGGCUGAGCUGAGAUCUUCGAUGCAGGCUACAGACGAGGUGCCAAGGAAACUGCCGGCAUCGGAGCGUUCCAUGCGCAUUGAUGCUCAGAAGCGUCGUCUGUCAGGAUUGCCACUGGAGGGCCCUCUUGCAGUCGCUCAUUGUGUGUAUGACAGGUUAGCAACCAUGCGUGAGAAUGAUGAAUUGAAGUAUCUGGCCCCCAAUGAGUGCAUCACUCGUGAUGAGGAGCUUUGUUGUGAGAAGCCUCCCAAAGCCUUGCACCUUGAUGCAAGUAAGACGGGUUUAGUGUUGAAAGAUGAAGAGGCAACGGCUGCCAUCUCUCUUGAUAGCGACCUGUCCCUGUAUGAAGCAAUGAUGAGGCGUGCCUUAGCUAUGGACUUAGUGGGCCUCGCAUCUUAUGCUUGUGUGCAGAAGUGGAAUGAGCGCCUUUUCCGCAUCAUGAGCCAGGACCCGCCUCCCGAGUUUCAGCGUGUCUCCCGUGCGCAAGUGCUGCGAGCUGACCGGCAGUGUUUCCUGGAGCUUGCUCGAGUGUGCAAUGGAAACUUGAAACCUGGUCCUGAUGGGUCCCUCCCCUUAGAUAAGGAGUUUGAGAAGCUUGAGUUCAACACUACUGUGAUGUACUUCUUGUUGCCUGUGAAAGGCCGGGGCAAGGGAGGAGGCAAGGCUGAUAAGGAUGGUAAGGGUCGUAAACGCACGAAGACCACAAAUGAUGGUGAGAGCCCGAAUAAGAAAGCCAAGAUCACGCGCGACCCGAUUCCCGAAGUUCUCAAGGGUAUGCACUCGAGAACACCAGACAACAAACCGAUCUGCUUCAACUUCAACUUGGGCAAGUGCAAGGGGACGUGCGCGGGCGAUGUGAUUGCAUGUGCAGUGCCCGAGUGUCAGGGAUCGUCCGUGCACUUAGCGAAGCCGGUUAAGGCGUGCCAGCUUGUGUGGUUGUCUCCGAACGGUGUUACCCAGCUCUUUUGCGAUUGGCAGAGGGUGCUCUCAAGCUUCCGCGGUGAUGUCCAGUGUGAAGUGGAAAGGUGCAUUUACAUUUUUGCUCAGCUCAUCAAGCACUGUGCUGAUACGGAUACCAUGUGGACCAUCGAAGCGCCCUCGCGCUCGCCCUUUUGGAAGACUUCGCUGGGUCUUGAGGUGUCUUCUUCUGCUGUUGAGGUUGACUUGAGCCGCUACGCCCCCGGUGCCCGGGGUCGCAUCAAGUUUGCAUCUUCAUGCCCUCGAGUUUUGUCUGCCAUUUCCCCGCCUGUGGUGCAGCCUCCGCUUGUCAAAGCCAGCUUGGAGGCAGCUAUGGGACGCAUGUAUCGGGCUUUGGCCCUCAUCAUGCUUGAACACCUUGAUGUAGACGCUUCAAGCUUACCACCUUUGUUUGCAGCUCAGGUUGGCACAGGUAAGCAGCCUCGCAAGCCUCUGCUUGCGCCAGUGCCAGAGUUCAAAUACUUUGUUCGUGUGACCUUGAGUGCAGUGCCCAUCUUGGAUAACAAGCGCCGGCUUCUUCAGCCCUUGCGUGUGCAUGAUGUGGUUGUGCCUGCUGGAGCCAAGCUGCUCCCCCCUCUUUACUUCACCGCUGCUGAGUCUGUGAAGGGGGUGUGUCUGCCAGUCAGCGGUGACAAAUCUUCCGAGACACUGUUUGCCGCUGGUGAGAGCCCUCCCGCGGCUGCAAUUGCAGAUGACAGGAUGGCGACGUCCUCCCCUAGGGUUUCCCUGCCUGUUCCUCCUCCCCCUUUGGGUUUAGUGGAUGGCUCGCCUUCUCCUUUUGGUUUAGCUUUGCCUGACCCAGGUAGCAGGGCUGCUGCGAUGACUGUGACCAGCGAAGCUGAAGUGCUAGCGGCGGAUUUGUGCGACAUUCCUACGCAAGCACAGCUGCUGCAGGUUUUCGACACGUUACCAGCAGAAACUCCAGCAAGGGGUGUCAAGGACGCGCGGGAGAAGGCCUGGUCUGCUGGUGCCUACUCCCAGGGUACUUUGUGUGGCUUACGAAAGAACACCAAGCUUUUUCCGAAUGCCGUUCGGUUGGCUGUGAGGCUCCUGCGUUCCCGCUUUCCUCAUGCCACGUUCGCCACGGUGGCAAUAUACUCCAAUGUGUGCACUCCGAUGCAUCGGGAUGCCAAUAACUUGGAUGGGAGUUCCAACUACGUGAUGGCCUUGACAGACUUUGCUAAAGGGGGCAUUUGGGUACAGGAUGAUGAGGGUCAGCAUGUAAGGGCCACGCCCCUUGGAAAGGCUACUGGUCGUGUCCUGCAAGUGUGCGACAACCCUGUGGAGUUCGAUGCACAUUGCUUUCACUGCACUUUGCCUUGGGAGGGCUCUAGAGUCGUGUUGAUCGGAUUCACACCGAAUCGGGUCGGUUCUCUAAAGAAGGAUGAUGUGCGAGUCUUACGGGACUUAGGCUUUCCUUUGCCUGGCCACCCUAUGCCGGUCUCUUGUGCAACAACGACGUGCCCCCCGGAUCACCAGGCUGAGAGUGGGGAAACUGAUCCUGUGGCCAUGCCUGUGCAGCCGACUUUGGUCACCUGUUCGGCGGCAACGUGCCCUCCUGACCAGCCGUGCAAGAGUGGGGAAACUGAGCCUGUAGCCGGGCCUGUGCAGCAGACUCAUCAUGCAACCUUUGGGGUUCCCUUUGAUGAGAGUGAGUUCGUGCGCGCUGCUGUACGAGCAGGGCAUCCCAGCUCUUCACUUUCCUCACUGCCGGACCACCUUGAGUCGUGCGUAGAUAUGCUUGCUAAGGCUCCGCCACAUGCUGUGGUAGACAAGAGGAGGAGAUGGCUUGACAAGUGGACCACACGGGCGUGUGAAAUUGAACGUGACCCAGAUCCUUCGUGGGACAUCGAUGACCCGCACAUGAAACGUGUCCUUUGCAAAAAGCGUCUGCAGCUGCUUGACGAAAUCAUUGCCGCCGAGGGCUAUGAUGAUGUAAACCUUGCUAGGGAUAUCUGGUCGGGCUUCGACUUAGUGGGUACUUCGCCUGUAUCCAAUGUUCUGCCGGGAAAGGUUACUCCGGCCUCAUUGCAUCCCGAUGACCUGUGUGCUGCAGCGCCUCGGGCCAAUGAGGCGCUCAAGGUCUCCUUGGGUUCCUCCGGUGAUAGGGAGAAGGACAUCUUGUUGUGGGAAAAGACGAUGAAAGAGGUUGACUCAGGCUGGCUCCUGGGACCUUUCGAAUGGGACUCCUUGCCGCAGGAGCAUGUUGUAUCCCACAGAUUCCCUCUGUUGCAGAGUGGGAAGCUGCGUCCCAUCGACGACUACAGCAGGAGCGGUGUAAACUCUUGUGUGACGACUUUGGAACAGCCCACUGUGGAUACUGCAGAUGUGGCAGCUGCUAUGUUCGUCAGGUUGUGCACGAAGCUUCGCGAUUCUAAGAAACCCUCAUGGAUCAAGGGUCGUGCCUUCGACUUGACGGCGGCUUACCGCCAAUUGUGCGGAGCCUUGAGCUCGCGCCGCUUUGCUGUCAUUGCGGUGUAUGACCCACACAAGCAAAAGACCAUGCUAUUCACUCAGGUCUGCCUCCCCUUUGGAUCGCGGGCUUCAGUGAAUGGCUUCAUCAGGUGUUCCAGGUGCAUCCAAUGGCUUGCCAAUCGUUGCUUGCUUGUGCCCACUACCUCUUACUAUGAUGACUUCAUUGUCGCCUCACCCGAUUGUCUUGCCGACAACACGGGUGCAACAAUGGAACUGCUGUUCCAACUCCUUGGUUGGGUCUUCGACAUGGAGGGGCCCAAGGCUGAUGUGUUUUCCAGGCAAGUGUCUGCCCUGGGACUUCGCUUUGACUUGGAGAAUACCGGCGACUGCGUGGUCACUGUUGACAACACGGAGAAACGUAAAGGCGACAUUCGUGCUUUUGUGACCCGCAUCCUUGAUGAAGGUGUGUUGCCCUACAAAGAAGGUCUUGAGCUGAGAGGCAAGCUCUCCUUUGCGAACUCUCAAGUCAUGGGGAAAGCGGGGCAUUACGCUCUCAAGCACAUCAGUUCCCAUGUUCAUGCCUGGCCUUUUGUUCCCAAGCUAUCCGAUCCCGCUCGGGAAGCUCUUAGUUUUCUACUUGAUCGUGUGUUGCAUGGGUCCCCGAGGCGCAUCACAAGAUCCUUGGGGCAGCCUUGGUUUGUCUUCACAGAUGCAAGCUUUGAGCCUGACUUCACUGGGGGUCUAGGGGGCGUUCUAAUCUCUCCUUUGGGUUCGGUUGUUAGCUGGUUCGGACUGCCCUUGAGCGAGAGCGAUAUUCGCCCUUUGAUUCCAGUGGAUGCCAUCACGGGUAUCGGCGAGCUGGAAACUGUUGCAGUGGUGGUGGCCUUCAUGCUUUGGAGCCAGCGCCUCGCGUCUUCAGAGUGCAUGGCAUACCUUGACAAUGAGGGUGCACGCUUUGCUCUGAUAAAGGGCUACUCAGCUUCGUGGGCCGUCACCAGAGUUUGUCAUGUCUUUGCCAGGACUUGUGAACAGAGUACCCUUCUGCCCUGGUGUGCACGUGUGCCAUCGAGCAGCAACAUUGCAGAUGCACCGAGUCGUAGCAUUGCUUGCGAACUUUUGCCACAGGACCGAGUUGCCGAUGCGUCCUCAGUCGCUGCCACAUACCGGGAUAUCGUGCAACAAGUCAUAACUCUUUCCUAA